GUUUGCCAGUGUUUUCCACCGAUAAGAACUGCCAAUUUUGGUAGGCACUUGAGAGAUUAGUGACACCAAUCGCAACGGCCAUAAAGGGUUCGAUUAGCAUAGAGAGGAGCGGCUCCGUGGCUCAGUUGCAACCAUGAUCUUGACCACCACAUUCCUGUGCUUCUGCGUGGCCUCGGCCAUCAACUAUUUCAGGACGCGCCGGCAGCGGUCGCUGAUCAAGAAUCUCGGAGGACCCUUCUCCUGGCCCCUGAUGGGGGCGAUGCACAAGCUGCUGUUCCUCAAGCCGCAAAAUUUCUUCCAGCGUAGCCACGAGUAUCUGGCUAAGUACGGAGCUGUGACCCGCCUCUGGGUCUUCCACAGACUCUUCAUGCCGCUGGCGGACCUCGAGCUGGCCAAACAAGUCCUGCAGAGCGAGCAACAUCUGGAGACGGGCUAUGAGCUGAUGCGGCACUGGCUGGGCGGCGGCGUUCUCAUGUGCGACAAGAACCAGUGGACCCAGCGUCACGGGCUCAUAGGCAGCAUCUUUAACAAGGGAAACAUGCUGCCGCUGACGGAGCUGUGUCGCCAGCAGGCGGUGCUACUGCAGCUGACACUGGCGGACCAUGCAGAACAACGCGAUGUGUUCGAUGCUUGGACGAUUGUGGCACCCGCUGUGCGGGAUCUGAUGGUACUGACCACUUGCGGCGUGCGCCCCAGCGAGGGGUAUUCCGAGGCCUUCACUUGCCUCACGGAGAUCUACCGAAAGCGAUUCCUGAGCUUGCAGUCGGUGAACCGCUUCACCUUCUGGGUCAGCUCUCCCCUAUUACGGCGGCGACAGGCGCAACUCAUCAAGCAACUGAAUGACGAGCACAAAGAGCACAUCGAUCGAUGCCGAAGACUGCAGAAGCAGGAGGAGCAACUCAAGGCUGGAAACGUGGUGGUGGAUCGCAUUGACCCACUGCCUGCGCAGUGGCAUCAAUCACUGCUGGAGAUUCUGCUGGCCAGCAACCAUAAUCCCGAAAUCUCGGACGACGACAUCUGUGCAGAGCUGAAUACCUGCAACUAUCUAGGAUACUUGCUCUGCAGCUCGGCCCUCUGCUUCUCCCUAGUCACGAUUUCCCGUCAUCCGGCUGUUCAGCAGCGCUGCCUGGAGGAGCUACGGAAGGCUCAGAGAGAAGACCAGAGCUGGGACGUGCGACGGCUGCCCUACCUGGAGGCCGUGCUGCUGGAGACGCUGCGCCUCUACCCACCCCAAGUCAUUGUCGGCCGCCACUUGACCGAGGAUAUGCCCUACACUCAUAGCGAGGUGGGGGACGGCACUCUACCCUUUGGCGCCGAGAUAUAUGUGAAUCUCUUUGAAAUGCAGCGCAACGAGGACCGCUAUCUGAAUGCGAGCCACUUUCGGGCGGAGAGAUUUCUGGAGUCCCCGCCAGAGAUCUACAGCUUCAGCAUGGGUCCACGCUGCUGUCCGGCCAAGCAGUUCAGCAUGGUGCUGCUCAAGACCCUAAUCGCCCCAAUCCUCUUAAACUUCGAGCUGCUGCCCUAUGGUGAUGCCCCUCGCCUCGACUUACGACUCUCUCUGGGCUCAUCUAAUGGCUUUCAAUUGGCUCUGAAGCCACGAUAGGAUCACAAGGAUGGACCCGUUUAAUAAUACUGUUUAAUAUUUAUGAAUAUAUUUUGGAAUGUAAUAAUGUAAACUCUAAAUGCACGAAUGCAUCAGAUCAACA